AUGCAAGGGACAACAAAUCAUGAAAAUGUUUUGGAAUACAUCUCUAAACACGGUGACUACACUGAAUGGGGUGAAUUCCGUGAACGGGGCCGCUACGCUAACCAACAUAACAAAGAAAAUAUAUACCGUGAGGCGCUUGCAGGAGACAACAAGGAGCAAGCGCUAGCAAUGGUGAGAAAUGCCGACCCAAAAUGCUAUUGGUUAAAUUAUGACAAAUUGUCCUCUAAUUAUGACAGGAUUUCAUUUAUUCCACCAUUGCCGUACGUUCAUCAAUUUGCAGAAACGGUAUGGGUCAUCCCGGCAGAUAUACAGCAAUGGGUUGCAGAGAAUAUUAAGGAUGGGGCCCAAAGACCACACAGGCCCAAAAGCAUUCUAAUUGAAGGCCCAUCUAGGAUUGGGAAAACAUGCUGGACCCAUUCAUUGGGGCCACAUAAUUAUUAUUCCAGCCACAUCGAUUUGCGGGACCACAAUGACGAUGCUUUAUAUAAUAUAAUCGAUGAUGUGGCCCCACAAUAUUUAAAACACUAG